AUGGCCACCAAGAUAGUCUGCAACCCAUCUAGGAUCCUGCCGAUCUCAAGAGCGACGUUCGCUUCAUCAUCUCGACUUCCCUCUUACCCUAUCGUCAGAACGACAACUUCUUGCUUACCUUCCUUUCAAAGUCCUCCUCGAUCGCGCCACUCAUCUUCGCCUUUUGUGUUCAAACGUUAUGCUUCAGCUGCAACGGUUGCAACGCCCUCUCCAUCGGCAGACUUACCGCCUGUAUCACCUCGACCGAAUGUCAAGGUCAUACAGCCUUCAUUGGAGGCUAUCAAAGAAGAAGGCUACUUAGAUGAUGAUGUAAAAUUGCUACCUGUUGAAGAAGCUUAUUUGGAUAUCACGCCUGAUGCCCUACAGCAACUGGUCAAUAUAACAUCUCGAGAACCACCUGAUAUAAUAGCACAAGGUAAAUUAGCUCUGAGAGUUGGAGUGGAAAGUGGUGGAUGUCAUGGAUAUCAGUAUACUAUGGCUUUGACUGAAGAGAGAGGAGUGGACGACUAUGUACUGCAACCAGAAGGUGUACCAAGUAUACCUGUAGUUGUCGAUCUUGUUUCUCUCGGAUUAUUGAAAGGUGCAACAAUACAUUUCGCAACUGAAUUAAUAGGUUCCUCUUUUCGAAUACAAGAUAAUCCUCAGGCUAAGCAGGGUGGGGCUUGCGGUUGUGGAGUCAGUUGGGAAGCGGCAUAG